CAGAGUCACGUCCACUCCCCUUAGAAGGUCAACACAAGAACACUCACAGCAAAUCCACUCACUCAGCUGUUCACUCACCCACCCACUCAGCUGUUCACCCACCCACUCACUCACCCACCCACUCACUCACCCACCCACCUACCCACCCACUCACCCACCCACCUACCCACUCACCCACCCACCAUGGCGAUCAUCACCUCCCUCUGCGCCUUCAUCUACCACCUCCCGGCUCUCAGCCGAUGGCUGCUGCGACCUUACUACGCCCUCAGCGCCACCCUCAGCGUCGCCUUCCUCGCCGUGAGGAAGCUUCCGCCGCUCUGCUCAGCCCUGCCUAGCGACAGGGAGGACGGUAAUUCGUGCGACUUCGACUGGAGGGAGAUUGAGAUCCUCAUGUUCCUCAGCGCCAUCGUUAUGAUGAAGAAUCGACGCGCGAUGAACACUGAACAGCACGUGGGUAACGUGUUCAUGUUCAGCAAAGUGGCAAACCUGCUCCUCUUCUUCCGGCUGGAUGUGCGCCUGGGACUCAUUUACCUCGUCGCCUGCCUCGUGUUUGUAGUGACGUGUCGGCCCCCUCUCUACAUGGGCCCCGAGUACAUCAAGUACUUCAGCGAUCGCACGUUGGAGGUGACCACGGCCGCCGCUAGCGCUCCUCACAUGCAACACCACCGCCACGGCUUCUAGAACCUUCCGGAGCCCCCCGAGAUCCCCUCUACACCACGUGGCCCACCCACCACAGCUUCUAGAACCUUCCGGAGCCCCCCGAGAUCCCCUCUACACCACGUGGCCCACCCACCACAGCUUCUAGAACCUUCCGGAGCCCCCCGAGAGCCUCUCUACACCACGUGGCCCAUCCAGUGACACCGCCACGGCUUCUAGAACCUUCCGGAGCCCCCCGAGAUCCCCUCUACACCACGUGGCCCACCCAGUGACACCGCCACGGCUUCUAGAACCUUCCGGA